CCCGCCAGGAGGGGGGGCCUGGUGGGCCAGGAAUGGAGUCCCUGGGCACAGCGCUGGUCCUCCUGGUGCAGUUCUGGGGAGCCACAGGCCUGAGAGUGCAGCAGGAGCCCAAGUGGUUGCAGGUGACACAGGGAAGCCAGGUGACCUUGGCCUGCUGGGUGAUACAGUCCCAAGCCUGGGAGCGGCUCCGGGUUGGGUGGACCAAGGACGGUGUAUCCUUGUGUGAGCCACACAUCACCAAUGGCAGCCUCAGCCUGGGGGUCUGCGGGCCCUGGAGGCUGCUUUCCUGGAAGCCGCCUGGCAACCUCACCCUGCAGCUGGACCACGUGAGACUCAACGACAGUGGGGACUACGUGUGCUGGGUGGCCGUGGAGAUUCCUAAGUUGGAGGUGGAGCAGGGCAAUGGCACGCAGCUCCUGGUGGAGAAAGAUGGCCUGCCCGCGAACCAGACCUCGGUCGAUUCAGGACUCCUGGUGGCGCCGCUGGUGGCAGGGGGCGUGGCCGUGGCCGCCUUCGCGCUGAGCGCCUGGGUCUGGGGCCGACGUCGCAGCAGGCGCGAGGACUCAGGGCAUCCUCUCUACGGGAACGUCCUUUACCAGCCCCGGAGGGCCCCAAAGAAGAGUAAGGCGUGGCGUGUGGAGGGGAAGGUGCUGGACAUCCUCAGCGCGGACCAGAAGAGUCAGAGCUUCUAUUCCAUCUCUUUCCCCCAGCCUCCCGGCCCCCAGCAGCUCCUGGCCCAGAAGCCUUGCCCCAGCCCCAGGUCGAGUCACCCCAUAUCUACCGUCGGCCUCUCCCCUGACCCACACCCCUCUGGGCGGCAGUGGCCAAGAGGGCUCCUUGAAGUGGGGAGAGGACUCGAAACCCCAGAAAAGGUCCCCUCCCACCAAUGGCCAUGUGAAGAUGUGACCGAUUUCCCAAAAAGUCAGGGAGUCCAACGGCCCAGCCCAAGACCCGGUCCUCAUUACUAUACCGCCGGAUUCCUCCCUCACCCCCAGAGCGCUCAAUAAAGGCUUAUA